GUGUAGCCGAGGGCUUUAUCUCAGCGCGCCGCUGCGGUUUUGUAACGCUGUUAGGCCCGUGUCUUCUCUUCCCCUCCCUCCCAUUGCUGCGGUUUCUCUGUACGCCUAUAAUAACCGGGCCUUUCCAUUUUCUGUUUCGUUUUUUUGUUUUUUUUUUCAUUUUUUCCCUAGUGAUAUCAGGAUAAGCAGCAGUUAGAAGCUGCUUGAAGCAGAAAUUAAACGUGUGUUAUCCUCGCUCCAUCACUGCUGACUUUUUUUAAUUUUGCAGAUUUUUUUGUUUGCUCCCUAAGAAUUGCUUUAGAAGAACACCUGAGCAUCCUUUUGGUGACUUUUUCUGAUGAACCAGUGGUAGCAGCUUUUCGCUUCUAUCAGGUCGUUGCCUGAAGAAACAAACGUUUUAAAAGAGCAGAAUCUUAUUCCAAUAAUGAUAUUUACAGAAAUGUGCCUAUCCUUUUGCGAUGUUCGUUUAAAAAACAAAAACAACCAAAAAAACCCAGUCCCCAGGCUUGGUGUGUUUUACCUGGCUGUGCAGUGACUGCUGCUGGUUCCUCAGGUGAGGUAAACAAAAUCUGUUCUUGUGUUAAUUGCUACACAAAGGUGGCCAGUACCUGUGCUCUUUCCAGUUAAAUAAGCUAAUCUCAGGGGGAAGCCAGCCAGGUCUAAGAAAGCUGAGCAGCAUGUGUUCUUUGUUGUUCAUUUUUAAGGUUUGUUACUCCAGUCACAUCGUCUCUAUCAAGAUUUAUAUAUUUAUGUUUUCUUCUUUAUAUUUCGAUAGUUCUUGCUUUUUGAUUGAAAUAUUUAUAUUAGGUUCCUUAAUGGGUCUCUUGUUAGUGCUAAAGAAACAAAUAGAGCUGAGGAUUUCUGCAUACGUUCUGCCAAACAUAGAAGUGAAAUAGCAUUUUGACAGUACAUGAAGUAUGAGGAGUCCCACAUAGCAGUUUUUCUGUUACCUCUCAGUUGGCUUAUGCUUUAUUUUUUUUUGAGGUGGAACAUCUACCUGUUGGAAAGAACUGACCCUAUUGAGUUUUUCUUUGGAAAACUUGCAUUCUUUUCACUCCCCAGUACUGGGAUUUAUGAAGCACUCGCAUGUGAGUGUCUCAUUUUUUUAAAUGUAGCUGAACACAAUGGCAGAUAAUUGAUUCCCUCACAGCAUUUUUUUGUUCUAAUUAAGAAUGUUCCUAAGUAGUUCUUUUACUUUAUUUCAGUAAUGCAUUUUUGAUAACGCUAUUAAAAUACUUAGAAAACCUUGUAACCUAAUAUAUUUAUUUAUUUAUUUUAACUGAAAAUAGUUGCAGGUGUAAAAUUAAACGUGUGAAUUUAUGGGAGGGGAGGAUUUGGUGUUUAAUUUGAUGUUCCUGAUCAGACCAGAACUCUUAAACACUUGCAUCCUAGUGGUUUAGUGUGCUAUGUGCAGGCACAUGGCAUCAGGAUUGUGUGGCUUAAGUCUUCAGCAGGAAGAAACAGAAGAAAUGGGGUGGAGUCUGGGGGUGGGAGAGUGUUUGUGAGGAGCCUGCUUUCCUCAAGCUUAACAAAAGAGGUGUGAGUGCCUUUUCAGUUCCCCUCCACCUCCCUCAGUACUGGGUUUCAGUACACAUUGGAGUGAUGUUCAAGGAGGCCUGGUUCUUGCAGGUAGCAAUAGUCUGAUGCUGAGGUGAGGGUACUGAUUGAAUGAGUAGUAAGUAAAAGAUUCUUUCAAACACAUCCUAGUAAGAUUAGUUAUAAAGUCUUUCCUGUUUUGCUUCUUGUGAAUAAGUUUCAUAUGUGAUUAUUGAUAGUUGACUUAAUUGUCUACCUUUUUUUUUUAAAUUUGUAAAUCUUAGAAUCAUUACCAUCAUUUAAUAUGUAGAGGAAAUUUAGGAUGAUCUCAAAAGCAGCUUUUCAGCUGCUGUGUAGUUUGCGCUGUCUAGGAAACUGCCUUUCUGAAGCAUUGGAUAAAAUCAUUGUAGACAUCAGUAGGGAUUUUUUAAAUAUUAUUACUCUUGAGCUCGCUCAUUUCUUUAGUGACCACUUUUUUUCAAAGCAACUGUUAAUCAGAUAACCAGCUUAGGCUGGUUAACGUCUGCUCUGGUUUUGUAUCAUCUUGCUUCGACUUCAGCAAGUUUAGUUGCUGGUUGAGCAGAACUCUCUUCCACUUCCUCCCCAAAGAGCACGGAAACACAGUGAUUUAAUUGAAAUUGCUAGAGUAGUUGGAAACAUAAUGGACAUAUUAGAAUUAAGUUUAUGGGCUUCAAGGAGGAAAAUUAUGUUAAGUCAUGUUUAUAUGCAGUGACUUGAGUUUUGGAGCGGUUAAAAGAUUUUAUCAGUGUUCAUUGAGAGCAGGUUAGGCAGAUGAGGCUUUUUAUCCUGUUGUUAGGUAGCAGGCAACUUUAAGCAAGGAUUUAGGUGUUAUUUCCUUUCAUCUUUGUCGUUAUUUGUGAUAGCAUGUUCAUCCAGUGCAUAUUCUGUGAUGCAACUUCAUUGGAAGCUUUCUCUGAGCAGUGAAGGACUGGCAGUCUGAACAGAGCUGGGCAGAAGCUCCACUUGCAGCAUUACAAUGAAGGCAGAACUCCAGCUUGAUUGCCCUUGAUUCUCAUGAGAUGCCUCUUUUUGCUCAAUGUAAAAUCUCCUAAAAAAGCACUUGAAGUUUAUAUUAUUGCUAAAGGAAGUAUAUGUGUAGUUCCUAUGAAAGCAAGUGGCUUUUAGACCUGCUAAUCACAAGCUUCAUGAAGAAAAUAUUAAAGUUAACGUAUGUUCUAAUGUUAAUUACCUAAACCCGAUCAAGCUUGCAGUCACUUUGAUUCAGACUAAUGUAGUGGCAGUCUGCUACCUCAGCAGCAAGGAGGCACACUGCUUUUGAGGUACAGGUGUGGCUGUGCUCAUGCUGUGUAGUUCUGCAUUAGCUUGGAGAAAGCUGUGAUAGUGUUUCUAAUGACAGGCAUGGAAAGGAGACUUCUUAGGCAAGUUGAUCACUUUUUUUGUUUAAUGGAGCUUAACGUUUAGGUCGGUACCCGGGCAAAAGACUGCCUACUGAACCCUUUCCUGAGCAGGUGUAUAUUUAGCCCUCAGUGAGAAGAUGCAGAAUUGUAAACUGAUAAUCUACAAAAAAUUAAUUGCUGAAGUUUUUUUUUAAUUGGAGUAGUGUCAUAAAUGAAUGCAUAAUGGUUGCUGAUGCUGCUGACUUUUCAAAAGUGUCUACAAGGCAGCACAGGUUAAUUUUGCUUUAUAGAAAAGUUUAUUGCCUACACAUACGCAUUAAAACAUUUAUGGAAAAAUAGCUAAUAAAGGGAUUAGUUUGAGUAAGAGUGACAAGUCAUAGCAUUAAACAAAUAUUAUUUAACUUCUCUUGUGAGCUUCAAGUUGGUAGGUUCCUGUCAAAGCAAUAGCUAGAAAGUAGUUGUCUCAUCUCAAAGCUUUGCUACUGAAUUGAUGGAUUCAUCCAUUGAAUGUAGGAUGAUAUUAAAUUUGCUGCUUUCCUGACUACUUAUACUUUUCUGUCCCCUUAUAAAGUUGGACUUCAUUUAUUUUUGGCAUUUGGGCAGAAGUUUUUCAGCAAGAUUUUUAUGAAGCCCGAGCUUUUGUUUCGCUAGCUCAGUGGUGUUGCUGGGCUGCUGGUGUCCUUUCUGCUCCCAUCCCUCACGUGCUGCUGGUACUUCGUAAGGUUGAAUGAAGCACAGCUGAAGUCAGUGUGAUUUCACGAUUUUUUUUUCUUCCUAUUUUACUUCCCAUAUUUUGUUAACGGAAAGCCUAGCAUAAGCCUCAUCAGCUCUUUUUAUUUAGUCUCACUGUGAAUUUUGAUAGCCUCAUGACAAAUCUGUCAUACCCUGAAGUGGUAACACCUGAGGUGAGGUAAGACUUCUCACCCUCACUGUGUCAUGUGGCUUAAAAGAGCUAUUCUUGUCGUCUUGCUGUCUCUAUCAUAGCCUCUGAUGGCAGCUGGAAACCUAACAGUACUUGUGAAGACUUUAGCAGUUCUGCUACUGUAGAACUGUUUUGAAUACUUUUUUUUUUUAAAGGAAUACCUAUAUUUGAAAGCAGCAUUUCUACUGAAGGAUGUGAGGAAGACAAAUGAGAGACAGAUGUACCUGGGAUCUGUUGAUACAGUUGUACUAGUGUGGAUGAAAUGCUUUGGCAUCUUGCUCAGCUGGCUGGUGGGGAGCUGUCGAUGAGUUAUUCAGUGCCUAGGUAUACGUGAUUGUUAGGUAAUGAUAGGAAAGGACUUUUCCUGUCCGUACCACUUGAUUUCACCUUGGUCUUUCUGGAAUAAGGAGGGUGUGAAGAAUGGAAUAUGACUUUGGAGUUGUCAUCCAGAGAAUCAGUAGCUGAAGCUGCAGUCUUUAGAUUGCAUUCACCUACAGCAAUUUAUUUGGCUCCCAGUUACAGUUCUUGAUGAAUCAUUAAUCCCUUUUCCCACUGUAUGCUGAGGGUAUUGCAGUGGGAUGUUCUGAGGAGCACACUUUUUUUUUUCCAUUUUGCCAUGGGAAAAGUGUCACUUGCAUGUGUAUUCCCUUUGAAAGGGAAACUUGAUCUGAAGAUUAUUAGGCAGUUAGCUGACUGUCUCUUUCCCACAGGCUGUAGUGACAGCAAAUCUGGAUACUUGGAAAUGGUGACAGUGAGUAUCUGCCUUGUGAGUUUGUGAGGGUGAGAGCAGGGACUGGGUAGCUGCACAACAAAACAGAAGAUGCCUGCUGUCGUUCAUGAGAUUGUUGUGGGGUGAGAAGCUGAGUUGAAAAAAGUGCAGUCUAAUCUAUGACCUUCAGGUGGCUGAGGAUCUUCAGAGCAAUAAGAAAAGUAAAUGUUGAGGAUGCAGAGAGAAAGUGUAGCUUGUUCUCUUGUAAGUAGUAGUCAAAUUCAUUUCUGGGUAAAUAUGGAGCAAAGAUCGGAGUAUGUAAAUUGCUUGAAGAGGAGUAAGGGAUUUGAAUGCUUUGGAUAAUAGGGGUGUCUAUUUGCUGUUGUUAAAGAUGACAUAAGAAAAAAGUUAAACAUAGCAUUCUUUUUGAUACUGCAGAAUGGAUAUAAAUUGUUAAUGCAGGACUGUUGGAUCUGUCUGACACAGACUAAGAGUUGCCUUGAUUAUUUCCUUAUGGGGAAACAGAGGAGGAAAGUUCUUUAAAAUUUCCCUUUGUGACACUUUGAAGUUCUGAAUCUCUUAAUCCCUACCUGUAGUCUUGCUAAUAUAAAUCUUAUUAGGUGCUUUUUCAGUGUCUUCCUUAAGUCCUUAAACUCUUGCAGCUUAUUAUGAUUCUCUUAGUCCCUCCUGUUGAAGAGCACUGUAGGAGAUAUAACUAGGUGAUCAGUGUUGCAUCAGAAGAUGAGAUGUAAUUGCCUGCCAAUGCCACACAGUAUGCAUCUGCUAACAGGUUAUAUGUUUGCAAAUGCAGCCUCUGAAGGGCGUAAGCAACGAGCUGUGAAUGAACGUGACCUACACGGAAUAACGUAAUGUUUGCUCUCGGCAGCUGCGUAUGGACUCACUGUCAUAACCGAUGCUAUUAGAAAGAGCUGUGGGUGGUGUCAGAAGAUGCUGCAGGAGUCUCGCUCCCAGUCAAAAUCUCCAGCUGGGAGCCCUGCUCGUGUAAAAUCGGAGAGCAGGUCAGGAUCUCGCAGUCCAUCGAGAGCUUCCAAACAUUCUGAAUCACACUCUAGGUCAAGAUCAAAAUCGAGAUCCAGGUCCAGAAGACACUCGCACAGACGUUACACUCGCUCCAGAUCCCAUUCCCAUUCUCAUUCCCAUAGGAGACGUUCUCGAAGCAGAUCAUACACGCCAGAAUAUCGUCGUCGAAGGAGCCGUAGUCAUUCUCCAAUGUCCAACAGAAGAAGGCACACAGGCAGCAGGGCUAAUCCGGAUCCAAAUACGUGUCUUGGAGUGUUUGGUCUCAGUUUAUACACCACUGAGAGAGAUUUGCGUGAAGUCUUUUCUCGUUACGGACCUUUGACUGGUGUCAAUGUUGUUUAUGACCAACGGACUGGACGAUCAAGAGGAUUUGCUUUUGUUUAUUUUGAGAGAAUUGAUGAUUCUAAAGAGGCAAUGGAGCAUGCAAACGGAAUGGAGCUGGAUGGCAGGAGGAUUCGGGUGGAUUACUCCAUCACCAAGAGAGCGCAUACACCCACCCCAGGCAUCUACAUGGGCAGGCCAACGCACAGUGGAGGAGGUGGUGGUGGUGGAGCAGGUCGGCGCCGUGACUCUUACUAUGACAGGGGGUAUGACAGAGGGUAUGACAGAUAUGAAGAAUAUGACUACAGAUACAGGAGACGAUCACCAUCGCCUUACUAUAGCAGGUACCGGUCGCGGUCAAGAUCCCGUUCCUAUAGUCCAAGGCGCUACUGAAGGUCAGAAGAACGAACAUUUGAGGACUUGAUUUUUAAAUAAAAAGUUUAGAUCUUAGCUUCCCUACUGUUUUCCCUCCUUCCCCUCCUUCCUUGACUCCAUCCAGCUAUUUUAGAAAACUUGGGUUCAUUUAGAAUAUACAUAUCUUCCGUUGAAGUAUUCCUGUUUUCCAUCCCUCCUUAUGUAAUACUCUUAAAUAUUGUAAUUGUAGUUUUUGUGUAGUAUAACAUCUUAAGCAAAGUUAAAUAGAAAACCCAAAGUGUUGAUACAUUUUGGAAGUCAUUCCUAUUUUGUUUUUAAAACAAUCGGACUCCUGGCUGAUCAAAAGAGAGCAAUGAUAUUUUUAAAGCUUGCAUGUCAUAUGUAAUGCACACACUCAGAUACUUUGAUAUAAACCUGCAUUUCCAAGUAACUCGUUGAUCCUUCUGUUAAAAGGCAAACAUUUUACUUUGAUAAACAAGUAACGACUUUGAGCCUUUACUGUAAAGACAAGUUUAUUUAGGUAGUGAUGAACCAGAGGAUUUUUCUUUUCUUUUUUUUUUUUUUUUUUUUGGUCAGAUAGUUGCUUUGAGUGUAGGACAUUUGAGCUAGAGAAAAAAUGGGUAUUUGGCUGACUUGGAAAACAGAUCCUUGUACACUGAAAAUUAAGGCUGCGUUUUAUAGAUAAAUUUCUGGGUAGCUGCACAGUGGAAAAUAUUUGGAGUUAAAACCAUAGAAGUCCUGGGAUUUUUUUUUAUUGUGCUUGGUUAAAUAUUUCCCCUUAAUAAGUGCAGGAGAGAACAACUAUUUAUUGAACAUAGCAAUUAGUUAUAUAAUUUGCUGUUCACUUAAAAACAAACAAAACCCCAGACUUUUGGUAUUGCAAUAAUGAUGAAGUUUUGUUUCCAGUCCUUUUGAAAGCAUGGAUGGAAAACCUGUAACUACAUGUAAACUUUUUUUUCCUUUCAAUAAAAGUAAAUUCCACUGA